UAGGAGCUUUUGUGUCAGUCAUACUCAACGCAACAACAGGAUAACUCAUCGCAGCGACUUAAAAAACAGCAAAUUGUAUAAUUUUAGUCAUAAUUUCACAGUACAAAUAUUAUAACAUAUUCAUUAAGUGUUUACGGAACUUCGGUGCUCAACGGCACGCAAUUGAAAGCCGGAGGAAAGCGCUGGAUUAACUCAAUUCGUUUACGUAUGUUGUGUGCAGAGUGCUUUUUUAAACGUUCAAUGCGCUCAUUUUUGGCAAUCUAUUUUUAUUGAAACGGACACACAGUAGGUGCAAGGAGGCCAGCACGAUGCGUGGACUAGUCGAGGAUGCAAAGAAGACAAAACUGUCGCAGGCCAACAAUAACAACAACAGUGUGUUGGGCAGUGGUCGUUCAAAGCCCAUAACAUCGAUGACAAGUGCAAGUACGUCCAGACAAAUGAAAGGCGUCAUCAAAACGCCAACAACAACAACAGCGUCGUCCGUUGGUGCAAAGAAAACGCCACAAAGUAUGCAACAACAAGUCGGCAAGUCCACAAAGUCCACGGCUGCGUCAUCAAGUGCAGCAGCAACAACAACUACCACCACAGCAAGCAGCUCAAGCGCAAAGCCAGCAACAUCAAAAGCACAAGCACCAAAGGGUCAGAAUCAACCCCAACAAACGCAGCCAACGUCCACAGUGACACAAUCGACAGCGGCGCCGACAGCGACAGCGACGCCCACACCCACCCCCGCGCCCCCGUUGCAGUCGCACUCGCAACAGCUGCAGCCGUACAACAACAACAUUAGCAACACAAUUGCACUACCAAAAGCAUCGCAUGCCAAUACCAACGAGGAGUUGGCCGGCGGAGUUCAGGACACGAUUUAUCUGUGCAAUUUCCGUGUCUCCGUCGACGGCGAGUGGUUGUGUCUCAAGGAACUACAGGACAUUGAUGUGGCUGGUGGUGUCAAGACAGUUGGCGGCGGUGCUGCAGCGCUAAAUGUAACUGCUGCUGCUGGUGGUGGUACUGGUACCACAAGUGGUGGCUUCGUGCAGCAGCGUCAUCAGACAAACCAUCAGUUCGGGCAGCGAAACAAACGAUUCUCGGGCCUAUCGACGGCAAGUGGCGGCAGCACAUUCGAGGAUAAUGGUAUUAUGGCAAUUGAAAAUCUAAUCGGGCGUCGUCUGUGCGACGUCGUCGGCUCAAAUGCACUAGCGGCACCGCAUCAGCAACACAAGAAUGUGGGCCUCAUCGGUGGCACACUUGCUGAGUGGUCGCAUCUCUCACGCGACACGGCUGAAAUCGAGCGGAGUAAUUUGGUCAACAUAUGCAAGCUGGUUGUCAAGGAGCUGUUGGAGCAAUCGUUGCGUUAUGGACGAAUGCUGGACUCGGAUCACCUGCCGUUGCAGCACUUUUUCAUUGUUAUCGAGCAUGUGCUAGGCCAUGGAUUGAGGCCUAAGAAGGGAUUGCUGGGACCUCGCAAGGAGCUCUGGGAUCUGUUGCAAAGUGUCGAAAGCUAUUGCCCUGAGGCACAGGACAUUACGGCCAGUGUACGUGACCUGCCCACCGUGCGCACCCACAUUGGUCGAGCCCGUGCCUGGCUGCGCAUUGCCUUGAUGCAAAAGAAGCUAUCCGAUUACCUGCAGGCUCUGAUCGAGCAUCGGGAUGACUCCCUCAAUGACUACUAUGAGCCACAUGCGCUCAUGAUGAGUGACGAGAUUGUUGUGAUAAUGGGCAUUCUGGUGGGUCUCAAUGUCAUCGACUGCAAUCUGUGCGUCAAGGAGGAGGAUCUGGACUCGCAGCAGGGUGUUAUUGACUUUUCACUUUAUCUGCGCUCCAGUUCCCGCGAGGCGGAGGCUAACGAGGAGACCAAUGUACCACCUGUACCGAUGGAUGCGACUGGACAGGGUAAUAUGAUUGCCGUGCUGGACCAGAAGAACUAUAUUGAGGAGCUCAAUCGACAUCUCAACGCAACCGUUGGAAAUCUGCAGGCCAAGGUCGAGUCCCUGACCACCACCAAUGCCCUGAUGAAGGAGGAUCUGGCCAUAGCACGCAACAGUCUACUGGCUCUGCAGGCCGAGAAUCAGGCCAUGCGUCAGUCGGCCACCCAGACAAUGCAGAGUCACUCGGACAGCAGCUCCAAUGGCAGUGGCAGUGGCAGUGACAAGGAGAAGGAGAAGGCACAGCAGGCGGAGACUCUGAGCGCAGAGUUGACCGAGGAGCGCAAGAAGAAUGUUGAACUGGACAAGGAGCUCAAGUUGCAGGUGUCGCUUAAGGCCGAGUCGGAUAUGGCCAUGAAGCUGCUGGAGAAGGACAUUCAUGAGAAGCAGGACACGAUUGUGUCGCUGCGCAGGCAACUGGAUGACAUCAAGCAAAUCAAUCUGGAGAUGUAUCGCAAGCUGCAGGAAUGUGAAGAUGAACUAACACAGAAAGGCGAGAUGGUCUCUCGUUUGCAAACGAAAGCCUCACAAAUUGGUAACAUUUUACAAUCGCUAGAAAAGAAAUACGAGUCCAAGCUCAGCGAUCAGCACCAGAUGAGCGGUAACUCCGCAGCAGGCGGCGAUCGAUCACCCAACACGCGACGUCGUCUACAAAAUCUGCAGAAGUUCGAGGCACUCACCAAGAAGCACAAACAGGACACUGGGCCACCCAUGAAGCGACUCCACCUCAAGAUGGACGGCAUUCCUCCCUUCAAUCCCAACAACUAUCGCAAGUCACCAGCGAGUGGUGCUCUUCCCCCGCUCCAAUCUCAGCUGCCCCCUGGAGAGCCGGUGGCCAUCAAAACGCCCACAUCUGCCAAAUCCUUGAACGAUGAACUGGCCGAGGCAGCUGCCGCUUUAACGCAGCACUUCAAGGUCGGCGGCGAUGGUUCUCGCAGUGACUACGCUCUGUCCCAGGAUCAGGACACACUGGGCAAUACUUAAAGUCAUUAGAUGUAGCUUUAAUUACUUGUUGAGAAGGCAUUUACUUAAGUUCUGUAAUCUAUGACCAGUGCUGGGACUACAUCAUAUGUAUAUGUACAUGCAUAUAGACAGCCCUAUAUACAAGCACUAUGUUAUGGUUCCUGAUUCGAUCUGGCGACCUGCUGUCACCUGUAGAGUUACAAAACAAACCUAAUCGGAACUCAAUGUGCAACUGCUUAACAAUAAUAAAUAUUAUCGAGUCUAUGUUUUAUAUACGAUAUUACAUAAAUGUACGAUGCCUUCAAUGCUUAUAGAUUCCCUAGUCAUAUGAUAUAGAACUACAUACAUAUAUAAUAAUCGUAACAAGUUGUUGAAGAUUCUUAAAAAUUAUAAGCUGUUAGCUGAAUACCCUUCCUCCCCAAAUAAAGAAUUCCAAAUUAUACUAGUAUGUAAUGUACGUACGUAUGUACAGUUAUAGAGCUGAAUAAUUAUAUUAUAUGUACUUAUACUUAAACCCGAUGAUAUUCGAUACGCAUAUGUACUUUCAACUUGCUUGUCUAACAGUGUAAUUAUAUAAAUAUGUAUCUAUACUUACAUGUUAAAGGGACUACAUACACAUACACACACACACAUACUACUAAUAACUCUAGCUAAACCAAACCAAAGAAAUAAAACUUAUCUUAACUCUAGUGUUUCAUUU